AUGGACAUUCUUCUUCAAAUGCACAUGCAAGACGGAACGCUUACUGAGAGUGACAUAUUAGACGAAACCGUCACAAUAUUGUUGGCUGGAUUCGAUACAACCGCCGCGGCGGCAGCGUUUUGCCUGUACCUUCUGGGAAAUCACCUGGAGGUUCAAGAAAAGCUGCACGAAGAACUUGAUAGGGUUUUUGGAGACGAUGUUGACCGUCCAGUAACUUUGGAUGACCUCAGGGGCCUGCCGUACUUGGACUGCGUGAUUAAGGAAACAUUGCGACUGUAUCCUUCAGUCCCGCUGGUGGCACGUCGCAUUGAAGAGGACAUGAAAAUAGGCGAACAGCUUAUCCCCAGAGGAACAAUAGUAACGACGGCGAUCUACUUCGUACAAAGACACCGGAACUUCUACAAAGACCCGAACAACUUCGUUCCUGAAAGAUUCCAGGAAAACUACGAAAGACAUCGUUACGCCUACAUUCCUUUCUUUGGAGGGCCGAGGAAUUGUAUCGGUCAGCGGUUCGCGGUGCUCAAAGCCAAGGUGCUGGUCGCUCAGGUAAUGAGGCGCUUCAAGAUUAAAUCGAAACGCCCAGAGAGCGAACUCCAGCUGGAGAUGGGAAUUGUUCUGAGGUCAUCUCAUAAUCUGGACGUGAUACUCGAACGAAGGAAGCGAACUUUGUGA